GUGGAGAAAACAGAGAUUGUGGCUUUUCACUGUGAUAAUCCAGUGGGAGUCGAUGCUUAUUAUCUCUUGGCGUUUGCACACAUACACAUUCAGCUGCUCUAGAGAGCAGCAUCAGACUCUCAGUGUACUGGAUGGAGGCUCAGGGAGGGGCAGGGAGCCCAGAUGAGACUAAAAAAGGCCAGAAGCUGCUGAAGCCCUCAUCGUCAGAAGAACUGUCAAAAGAGUCUUCCCAUCAUUCCCGGGGUCCUGAGGAGGACAGAGUGAUUCCCGGACACACCCCAAGCCUGCUGCAUGUCACUGACAGACGGCGUGAUUUCCGGGAGCCUCUGAGCAGUGUUUCCUCCCUUGAGGUUCACUUCGACAUGCUUGACCUGACAGAGCUCACAGACAUGUCCGACCAGGAGCUGGCUGAGGUUUUCGUCGAUUCCGAUGAAGAAAGCCCAGAAUCACCUGCAAGUUUUCACCACCACCUAAGCAGAAGCUACCUGCGCUCUCCCUCAUGGACACGCUGCAGUAAGCUGGAGCAGUCACACGACCGAAAGCACCACAGCGAUUCAGACAGCACCGAGUCUGAUCACAAACUGGAACGGCCCAAAAAACCUUGAGAGAAACGCAGCCAGGAUACACACACAGAUACACACAGCUGAGCCACGUUAACACACAGACCCCGUGGUGCUAAAGACAAUAAAAUGUGAUCUAAUGUUUUCA